UGGUUAUUCAGAUCACAAAGUUGAAGCUACAGUUCCAAGAAGCUACAGUUCCAAGUUCUCACCUUCUCCCUUCCUCUGUUCCGCGACUCUCAAUCAAUUUCAUCAACGUAAACCCUAAUUUAGAUUUAGUGUUCCUCUGGUUACCUUAAAAUUAAUCCAGAAUGGAUAAUAACUUCCACAACUAUCAUCAAUGGCGUCAAGGACCAACACAGCCAAACAUGUGCCCCGUUUGCACGGCGCCGCACUUCCCUUUCUGCCAACCCUCUUCUUUCCCGCACAACCCUAACUUCCCUCCUCACUUCAAUCCGCCACGUCCUGGGUUCGACUCGUUCGUGGGACCGCCGGCUCGACCGCAAAAUCACUAUCCGCUCGGUGAUCCAAGGCCGUGGCAAGGUCACCACGGAAAUCAAUGGAGGCCGGUUUCUGAUCAUCGUGGUGCUGCUGAUUGCGACAGGGAAGCUGAUCGGAGCUAUAAGAGAGCUCGGAUUGAUGCGAUCGGAGGCGGUUCUCCUGGUUAUCAGAUCUCCUGGGAGAACGAGCGGCGGUUGAAGAUGGUAAGGGAUCAUGGUUACGGUUUAACCGCCGCGCCGUAUCCGGGAAACCUAGAUGUUUCCAGUGUUGAGAUGAAUCAUCAGUAUAGGAAUGGAGGUCAAUUUAACGGUGUAGCUCCUCCUCCGCCUCAUCAUCCGCCGCCGUACGGAGGCUAUUUCGGUGGUCCUAAUGGUCAGCCUCCGCUUCCUGCUUCGCCACCACCGCCUUUGCCUCCAUCUCAUCCUUCUUCCAUGUUUGCUACUUCGUCUGCGAUGGCCCCUCCGUCUGCAUCGUAUCCUCAGAUGCCAAACGCUUCGCCUUCUUUAGCACCAACUCAGUCUAAAGUGAUUGAUGUGUCUUAUUUGCUGAAGCCUCCUCAUCGAUCCACACGUCCUGAUCAUUUUGUAAUUAUCCUCCGAGGACUACCAGGUAGUGGGAAGAGUUAUUUAGCCAAGUUGUUGCGUGACAUCGAGGUCGAAAAUGGCGGUAGUGCUCCACGAAUCCAUUCUAUGGAUGAUUACUUCAUGACUGAAGUUGACAAGGUUGAGGAGAGUGAUUCGGCUUCUUCAAACUCUGGUAGAAGCAAGAGACCUAUUGUAAAGAAGGUCAUGGAAUACUGCUACGAACCUGAGAUGGAAGAGGCGUAUCGUUCAAGCAUGCUGAAAGCUUUUAAGAAGACUCUUGAAGAUGGGGCUUUCAGCUUUGUGAUCGUGGAUGACCGUAAUCUGCGGGUACCUGAUUUUGCUCAGUUUUGGGCAACAGCAAAGAGAUCUGGAUAUGAGGCUUACAUAUUGGAAGCAACAUACAAGGACCCAACUGGAUGCGCAGCAAGAAACGUACAUGGUAUCACACUGGAUCAAGUACAGCAGAUGGCAGAACGGUGGGAAGAAGCUCCAUCGUUGUACAUGCAACUGGAUAUCAAGUCUUUGAAGCGAUGGGAUGACCUUAAGGAGAGUGGAAUAGAGGAGGUGGACAUGGACAUGGAAGAUGACUUUGCACUGCCAGAAAGAAAAUCCGAUAACCACACCCAGUCAGAAAGAAAGGGUGCAACAGAAGUGUCUUACAUAAACGAGAGGAAAUGGGAAGAAGAACCCAGCUCCCAUACAGAAGUAAAAGAACUAAGUAAAAGUAAAUGGUCAAAUGUGGAGGAAGACGAUGAAACAGAGAAAUCUCAAAGUACAAGAAGAAACUCAAAAUCACUUUCCAAGUCAAGCCAAGAACGCUUGACGAAAGGUAAAACUGUUUGGUGGGGUGAUAAGGGAGGAGAUGCAGGGUUUUCAAUUGGUGCAAGGAAUAUGAACAUGCCUUCUUUAGUGAUAGGUCCCGGAUCAGGAUAUAACUUGAAAUCGAAUCCGCUAUCGGAAGCAGAGAGCCGUGCACUCGCUGAUGCAAUUGGAAAAGCAAAGGUAAGAGGAAUCUUCCAAGAUCAGCUAAGAGCAGAACGCGAGUCUUUCAAAGCUGUUUUUGACAAGAGACAUGGUACAUCUUACAAUUCAAAGGACGAGUAAGUGUAUGCAUAUGAUUAAAAACUAAAAUGUAUCACUAGUUAUGUACGUUCAUAUGAAUUUUUAAUGUU